AUGCCUUUCUGCAGUGUGGGGUUUGCUGACCAGGUCUUUCUGGCCAGCACUUGGACAUCAAGUUCUAUACAUCUGCCGCUCCCUGCCUGCCGCAGGCACUGCCGGUGCCCAGACUCCAUCUUCCACCCGGUGUGCGGAGACAAUGGAGUGGAGUACCUCUCGCCCUGCCAUGCUGGCUGCAGCGACGUCAACAUCAGCUCUGUGGCCUCCAAGCAGCUGACGUAUCUGAACUGCAGCUGUGUGACUGGGGCGUCCACUUCAGCCAAGUCGGGAUCGUGCCCCAUCCCCUGCGCCCACUUCCUGCUGCCGGCCAUCUUCCUCAUCUCCUUCGUGGCCCUCAUAGCCUGCAUCUCUCACAACCCGCUCUACAUGAUGGUUCUGCGUGUGGUGAACCAGGAAGAAAAGUCAUUUGCCAUCGGGGUGCAGUUCUUGCUGAUGCGCCUGCUGGCCUGGCUGCCAUCUCCAGCCCUCUACGGCCUUGCCAUCGACUACUCCUGCAUCAGGUGGAGCUUGCAGUGCUCGGGGAGGCAUGGAGCCUGUGCCUACUAUGACAAUGACGCUCUCCGAGACAGGUACCUGGGCCUGCAGGUGGGCUACAAGGCGCUGGGUGCACUGCUGCUCUUGUUCGUCAGCUGGCGGGUGAAGAAGAGCAAGGAGUACAACGUGCAGGAGAAGGCUGCGGGCCUCAUCUGACCCCUGACCCUCGGCCCAGCCACUGCCCUGUUCCAGAAAGUGGACCCUGCCCCUCCACACCUGCCUGUAUUUACUAAUGUUAACACAUCAUUUCCGUUUUGUUUUCUAAAUAAGAGAAAACCCCAGUCACCAUUUGCCCUCCCUGCCUCCACCCCCCCACCCCAGGAUUCCUUAGGUCCACUGUGUACCUGGACUGGAUGGGCACUGAGCUGGAGGGCCAGGUCUUUCCUGGCUCCUUUCAAGGCACCUGUGUGUGCCCAAGCUUUCCUCAGUGCUGGAUCCCCCAGCAAGGAUGCCCACUGAGGCAGCCCCUGCUCCCCCACCCCAGCCUUGUGGGUGGGGCUGGUUUCCUAAGUGGAGAGAGCAAAGCGUUAUCUUCCCAGGGGAAGGAGGGAGAGGGCUGGGUUAUGAUUAAUGGCCAGAGGCAGGCUAGGGGAGGGAGAGCCUGGCUGUAGCCUUCUUUGUGUCUUGGUUCAGCAUCAGCACAGAACUCAGGAGGGACUGGCCUCCUUCCCCUCAGAUCUUUGCUUCCUGCCCCAAAAGGCCAUUUUGGAAGCUGCCAUGUUGGGAAGUAUGGCCAGCCGGUCCCCUCUCAGCUACCCCACACUCAGGCACCAGAGCAGAGACCAAGACACCAUGAGGUGGGUCAUCCAGAUGCUGUUCCUGUUAACUCUAGAUCCUUCUGUGCUGAGAAAGCCACACCAUGGUGAAGACCCAAGGAGGGCCGUGAAGUGGUCAGUAGCCCAACCUCCCGCACCCUCUAUGUGAGGAUGAGACCACUGAACUCAGAGUGACGGGAAGACCCUCCCCGAGUUUCCUUGGGAGCAGAUGAGGUGGCCGCACGUGGGCUACCCUGUCUGGACCUCACCCUGUGUGCCAAGAGUAAAGACAGGCAGUCCAAGAUGUCAGCAGAGCAAGCAAUGAAGCUGGGGGGGGGGGGCGGGUGUCAGGGUCUGCCAAGCUGGAUGGUAAGCCCAUGAAGUAGAGGCCAGGGUGGUCCGCUUCCCUGGCUCCAGACACUCCUAUGUCCAACAUGUUCUCAGCCUCUCCUCACUGCCCCUCUGGGGGCCUGGGUUGAGCGGCCCCCCUGCUGUGUAGUAAAGGUUCAGAGUUAGCUGUCCACAAAGGAGGCCUUUCAUCAACAAGUAUUAUAUUUAUUGCAGACCAGCUUUGUGCAAGGCAGUGCUAGUACAUGGCUCUCCGGUGAGCUCUCCUAGGCUCUCCCCUCCCCGCCCCCCAUCCACACUGGGCCUUCUCCUAGAGUGUGCUGGGGACAGCGGCAGGGGUGACACAGCAUGAACCCAGAGACUGUCAACAGGACCUUCACCAUCUAUGUCCCACCAGAUGGCCCCUGCACCUAGCCCUUUGCCAGACAGAGACCUGGCUCACCGUGUCCUCUGGAGCAGCUGGGAACUGGUUAUUGCCACACAUGGCUCUCUUGAGCGCCAUACCUCUCGGAAGAACCCUCCAGAAGCAUACCAGAAGCCAUCUCUGGAAAGGGCUCAUAUGGUGGUAAGCCAAAAAAUGUAUGUCAGUGGCCAAACCGCCAGGAGACUGAAGUUUUUGUGAAAGCCACUGCUACACGUGGCCUUUUUUCCGAAGAUCUCACUCAGGAAGGGAGGCUCCAUGCAACCUCAGGGGCUAGUUUCAGCAUUUUAAGAUGGUUCCGCUUGGAAAAUGAUUCCCUGCAACUAAUCCUGGUCCUUCUCUCUGUGAUUUAACCAAAUUCUGAAGGCACUGCCUUCAGCUGAGCUCACGAACAAUGAAUGCCAACCUGCAGAUUCUGGAAGAUUGCUUGCCCUCCCAAGGCUUUAUUCUAUUAUGAUAUUGCUAUUAAUAUAUUAUAAUUUUGCUAUUGACGUAA